AUGUCCUGGAGUCAGUUGAUAGGCCAACGUCUUCAAGAAAGGGAUGCCAGAGAAUCAGCGCUGGAUGGUGUAGUAGCUGAUUGUGAGUCGAGCGAAGAUAGAGGCUCCUCUUGCUCCUCUACACAGUUUGCCCUCCAUUCAGCGUGUCCAUCCUCUCAUCCAAUAUUUGACGCAGUUCAACAGCUGUCGCGCUAUGCUGCCAGUCUCAGAGCCAAAGCUUCAAGCAGUGGCACAAGCGGCAUCGCCGUGGCCGCUGCCCCUACUGCACCGCCAGUACCUCAGCCGCCCGUCACCAGCGCUUUGAAACCCCCUUCCGCAGCAGACGCUGCUCGCGGCUCCGCCGAAGAGUGAGUUGAAAGGCGAGCGGAUGGAUGUGAGGAUCGCCUUGGCCACAGGGGCUGACGCCAGAUGACGCGUCUGCACUACGCUCCCUCUCAGGCUCUCGCAGCAGUUGCAGCAAGCGCGCACAGAGCUGACAGAAAUGUACAAGACGCAAUCCGCCAAUGCUCAGCGCCUCUUGAGCCUCACAGAUCUUCUGAGCAGCAAGGAAGCCUCUUACGGCGAGUCCACAUUGGCCGUGGAGCAGCUCAACAGGGAAUUGGAUCGAUCGCGUCGAAGCGAAAAAGAUCUUCAAGAUGCGAUGGUGGAAAAGAGCAGAUUGGUAGAGAUGCUUCAAGACGAAUUGACGGGAUUGACUUUGGAAUUGAACCAGAUCGAGAUGAGAAACGAGGAUCUGAAGAGGGACAAUGCAAACUUGUUGCAGAGGUGGUUGGAUAGGAUGAACGACGAGGUGGAUAGGAUGAAUACGAGCACGGAAAGGGAACUCAGCAGUGCCAGCAAAGAGCAGGUGCUGGAUGCUCAGACCGGCGAUGCUCUCCAAGACGCUCUACGCGAGUCGAGCUGA